CUCCAGGGGGCGCGGGUUCGAUCCCUGGUCAGGGAACUAAGACCCCAUGUGCCGUAUGCGGCACAGCCAAAAAAAGAGAAAGGUUUAUUAAAAAAAAUGUAUAUACAAGUUUAAAGGGCCAAGGGAUUCAAAAUAUGAUAAGAAAGAAGAAUGAGGUGGGAGGAUUUGCUGAUUAGGGUACGAAGAGUUAAUAUCAAGCCAUCGUCAUUAAGACAGCCUGGUUUGGCACAAGGGAAGACGGCUAGAAUGCAGAGCAGAUCAUGGGCCCAGACAGACAUGCACCGCUGUGGAGACCAGGCUUAUGGUGGAGGUGGUGUUGCCGCUCCCGGUGCUGGCACAGUUCCUUAGGACACGGAAACCAGAUAUUAAGGGCCUAAAUGAGAAAGGCAAAAAUUAUAGCACCUUUGGAAGAUCACACAGGAAAACUGUCACCAUCUCUAAAUAGGAGGGAUUUCUCAAGUCCCUAAAGGUACCAAUAAGCAGCAACUGUAAAGAAAAAAUUGGUAAAUCGGGGUGUGUUAAAGUUGAGAAUUUUAUUCUAUCACAAGUCCCCAUGAAGAGACUAAAGACAAGCCACAGCGUGGGAGGAGAUAACCCCACCACAAAUAACAGGAAAAGGACUAGUUUUCCGAGCCUGCAAGGCAGCAGCGUCAGCAGAGCCCUUUGCGAUAGUGGGAAUGGUCUGUAGCUCCACUGUCUGGUACACUGACCAGUUGCCACGUGUGGCCCCUGAGCAGUUGAAGUGUGGUGGUGUGACUGAGAGACUAAAUUUUUAAUUUAAUUUUAAUUAAUUUCAACUUUAAAGAGCCAGAAGGUCCCCCAACAUGAUUUUUUAAAAAGCCCAGUAGGAAAAUGGAGGAAACCCUAAUAGCCGGCAAGCAAACGAAAAGAUACUUACCUAAGCUUGGUAGCAGUCAGAGAGAUGCACAUUAAACCUUGGGCUGUUGGAGAGGAUUCAGAUGGGUGUGCACAGCUCGUGGGACCUGGCAGAGUUGAAGAGGUGCAGAGGCAGCCGGCAGCUCUCCUUCAGGGACACGCAUGCCCUGGAGAAACUCUGGAUGCCUGCACCCUGUUCUUGUUCUGUGCACAAGAAUGUUCAUUGUUUUCCCUCAACUGCCAGGUGCUCAAACAUCCAUCAGCAGGAUGCAUACGUGUGUCAGCAAGGAUGAAUCUCAUAAACGUAACGGGGAGUGAUAAAACGAUUACACGGGAAUAUAGCCUGUAAAACUAAAAAAACCACCGAACUGCCAUUUCUCAAACCUUUUUGUAGCUGGUAAAGAAAGAAGAGGUGGGAAGUGGUCUUCCCUGAAGUGAGUGUGGCAUUUACGUGUGUGUGGAGUGAGACUGGAGGGGGCCACAAGGAGCUCUAAGGCACAUGAGUGUUUAUUUCUUAACUGCUGCAGUUGUUACAUUGAGUUUUUUUCUGUAUAAUAAUUUUUGAACUGAAUACAUGCUUUAUUCUGCCUGUAUCGGUACGAUAUAUUUUACAAUAAAUCAGUAACAAGAAGAAUACUGAGGAGGUGCUUUAUGUACUGACAUUCAUCCAUCAAAAUAAAGGAAAAACAAGUAAAAUUGAGUACAAUUGGAGGAAACUAUUAAAGAAAACAUCUUGAAGCCCAUUUGCCAGGCAUCAACAGCAGCUGUCCAACGAGGCGUUCAUGUGACAUCGUACUUCCUUUCCUCAGCGGCAGCCAUGCCCGCCAUGCCACUUCCAGGCCCUCCGUCGGGGUGGCCAGUGCCUGUGCAGCGCCACAGACAGACAAGGCAGGCGAGUGUUAGAGAGCGCAGCAUGCCAUCCUUGCACAGGUGCUGUUAUUUUAUACCUUGAAAACCUAGGUGACUCCUUACUUAGCUAUUAGAAUUAGUAAGAGCUUUGGUUUGAUAGGAGACAGAUAUGCAAGAAUCAAUAACUUUUCUCUGGCAAUAUUGCUCUUUAUAAAACAACUCACGUUCGUAAUGGCAAUAAACUAUCAAAUGUUUUUAAUACAUUUAGCAAGAAAGCCACAGGACCUAUGUUAGGAUCAUGCAGUCCGUUUGAAAGAAAUAACCAAGACCCUAAAAUAUGAAGAAAUAUACCAAUAUCCUAAAUGGAAAAAUUUAAUAUUAUAAAAGUAGUAGUUUCCAAAUUAAUGUGUGAACAAAAUGUAGUCCAUUCUGAAUACCAGUGGCUGAUUUUUUUUUCCUGAAACCUGGCAUUGGAAGUAAUAACCCACUUGAAGGAGAAAAGUUCUUCAAGUAGCCAGUACAUUUUUGGGAAGGAGCCAGUGAGAAAGGCCUGGGCUUCAUGGUGUUCAGCCCGCUCGCUUGCACUUUCUAGUCCCAACCGCAGGGCGUUGGUGGACGGUGUGGAAGGCCCAACAGUGUAAGAGAGGGGCAUCUAGAAACGAUUCGGGACAAUUCAAAGGAGGGAAGAUUUAUUUAGUAACCGGCGCCAUCCCUUUGGAGGCAACAGUGGGACCCUCUUCCUCUCCACCAUUAGCGAACGUAAGCUUUAGAAGGAUUAAAGCUCUAAAUAUGUUUGUAAUUAUAAAAUACUACAAAACUCCAGAGAACAUUUGAACAACCUUCGAGUGGGGGUUACAAGAUAGGAGACCUGGAAGAAAAACAGGUUAUGAUUGUCUCCCUAGAAAUGAAAACUGCAGAGUGAUUGCGACCAGCCGGCCAUGGCCUGGGGGGCGAGCACAGCCCAGGGUGGUACCUCCAGCUGAGCUGAGGCUUCCUGCAGGUCACUUGGGGGGGCUCCUUAGCUGGAUAGAAUUAACAGAAAUUCAGAGAAGAGGACAUACGGAUGGGCAAUAAACAGUAAAGUAUGUUCAACCUCCCUAGCAGACACGGGAAUGCAAAUUAGUGAACCAUUUUUCUCCUGUCAGAUUGGCAAAAUUCUAAACCUUAUAACAUCCAUCGCUGACAAAGACGUGGGGAAAUAGCACAUUGCGGGAGUGCGAAUUGCUGUGACCUUUCUGAGAAGUUCUCUCUUGAUACCUGUUAAAAAUAUACCUACUCUUAUCCAGUGAUUUCCCACUGGGCUUUGUAUCUUCGUUGAAUAAAUGAAUCGAUCUCAAUAAAAGCACUGUAUUUUGGAGUAAAACUGUAAGGAUGUCCAUAUGCAUAUAUGUCACUUAGCAGCAUGCCUGGUUAUAGUCUGUAACACGUACGAUUCUGUGUUCUCUGUUACGGACUCUAAAGAAAUUUUAUCCAGUCACAAGAAGCAAAAAGCCAGAAGCAGUGCUGACCAGUAUUGCUGUAUGUCGCGUAUGUGUAUGUGUGUAUAUGUUCACACUUUGAAGAGCUGAACAUGGAUUUCCAGGGGGUGUCGCUGUCCUCUCGUGCUGCAUAACUAACACCCCAAACCUGGAGUAGAUCCAUCCCUACAAGCAGAGACUAGGAUCCCCGGGCCCUCACAAGCCACGGCCCCCGCGCCGGAACAGCAGAAGAUGAGGCCCAGCCACGCCCGGGAUGAGCGCUUCAGGUCAGAUGUUCAUACCGAGGCCGUGCAGGCAGCUUUGGCCAAAUACAAAGAGAGGAAGAUGCCCAUGCCUUCCAAGAGGCGCUCCGUCCUCACGCACAUGGCCGUGGAGGCCUACACACCCCCAGACACGUCGUCCGCCUCAGAAGACGAGGACUCUUUACAGCGGCCCGGGCGACUGGCCUCCGCGCCGCUCCAGAGCCACGCCGGUGUCGCGCCCUGGCUCGACCAGGCCGUUCAGGGCUCGCCCGCCUCCUCCGCCGCAUCCUGCACCUCAUCUCACCCGGGAGGGCGGCCUGCCGCCGUGCCCAGUGCCGCCGCCGUGCCCGCAGGCCCCGCGGCCCUCGCCCGCGUAGCAGAUCUGCACUCUGCCCCUCCCGAUGUCACUACAGGCCUCGCACAGCAUCAGCACACCUACUGUGAGCGUCCACAGCUGGCUUCUAUGAGAGGAGCCCCUCGGGGGGGCAGCAGGAGCGUCCUAGAGACGGCAGGUGGUGUCCCCGUGAGCAGCAGAGUGUCCUCCAAGAUCCAGCAGCUUCUUAACACCCUGAAGAAACCAAAGCGCCCUCCACUGAAGGAGUUCUUUGUGGAUGAUUUGGAGGAGGUGUUGGAAGUGCAGCAACCAGAUCCAGGUCAGCCGAAGCCUGAGGGCGGCCAGACGGCGGUGCUGAAGGGGGAGCUGCUGGCCGUGGGCAGCACCUGGCCGCCGUCACUGCUGGCCACCUUGCAGCAGUGGGGCACCACGCAGCCCAAAGCCCCGUGCCUGACCGCCCUGGAUACCACGGGGAAGGCCGUCUACACCCUCACCUAUGGCAAACUUUGGAGUCGGAGUUUAAAACUAGCUUAUACUCUACUUAAUAAACUGACUAGUAAGAAUGAACCACUACUUAAACCCGGAGACAGAGUGGCACUGGUGUUUCCUAAUAGCGACCCUGUCAUGUUCACUGUUGCGUUCUAUGGGUGUCUCCUGGCAGAGCUGGUUCCUGUCCCCAUCGAAGUGCCACUAACAAGAAAGGACGCUGGCAGCCAGCAGGUCGGGUUUCUGCUGGGCAGCUGUGGCGUCGCCCUGGCCCUGACCACGGACGCUUGUCAGAAAGGCCUGCCCAAGGCCCAGACCGGAGAGGUGGCGGCCUUCAAAGGUUGGCCCCCCCUCACCUGGCUGGUGAUAGACGGGAAGCACCUGACUAAGCCCCCCAAGGAUUGGCACCCAUCGGCGCAGGACGCGGGGGCCGGGACCGCCUACAUCGAGUAUAAAACCAGCAAAGAAGGCAGCACCGUGGGGGUCGCGGUGUCCCACGCAUCCCUGCUGGCACAGUGCCAGGCUCUGACCCAGGCAUGCGGCUACUCAGAAGCUGAAACAUUAACAAAUGUGCUGGAUUUCAAAAGGGAUGCCGGCCUGUGGCAUGGAGUGUUAACAAGUGUCAUGAACAGGAUGCACGUGGUCAGCAUCCCAUACGCGCUGAUGAAGGCGAACCCACUCUCCUGGAUUCAGAAAGUGUGUGCGUAUAAAGCCCGGGCCGCGCUGGUGAAGUCCCGCGACAUGCACUGGUCGCUCUUGGCGCAGCGAGGUCAGAGGGAUGUCAGCCUCAGCUCCUUGCGCCUGCUGGUCGUGGCCGACGGUGCGAACCCGUGGUCCAUAUCCUCCUGUGACGCGUUCCUCAACGUCUUCCAGGCCAGAGGGCUGAGGCCGGAGGUGAUCUGUCCCUGCGCCAGUUCCCCGGAGGCACUCACGGUGGCCAUCCGCAGGCCGCCUGACCUGGGGGGCCCUCCUCCAAGAAGAGCUGUGCUGUCGAUGAGCUGCCUCAGUCACGGGGUGAUCAGACUGGACGCGGAAGAGAAGCUUUCGGUCCUGACGGUUCAGGACGUCGGUCAGGUGAUGCCUGGAGCUGACGUGUGUGUUGUGAAGGUGGAGGGGACCCCUUACCUCUGUAAAACCGAUGAAGUUGGAGAAAUCUGCGUCAACUCCAGCGCGACGGCGACAGCAUACUAUGGGCUGCUUGGGAUCACAAAGAACAUCUUUGAGACUGUCCCAGUCACGGCAGGGGGCGCGCCCAUCUCCGACAGACCUUUCACCAGGACGGGGCUGCUGGGCUUCAUCGGGCCUGAUAACCUGGUCUUCGUCGUGGGCAAGCUGGACGGGCUGAUGGUGGUGGGGGUCCGCAGACACAACGCGGACGACAUCGUGGCCACCGCACUGGCCGUGGAGCCCAUGAAGUUUGUCUACAGAGGCAGGAUCGCGGUGUUCUCCGUGACAGUGCUGCACGAUGACCGGAUCGUGCUGGUGGCAGAGCAGCGGCCCGACGCCUCAGAGGAGGACAGCUUCCAGUGGAUGAGCCGUGUGCUACAGGCCAUCGACAGCAUCCACCAGGUGGGCGUGUACUGUCUGGCCCUGGUUCCUGCGAACACCUUGCCCAAGGCCCCUCUAGGAGGGAUUCACGUUUCUGAAACCAAACAGCGCUUUCUGGAGGGGAUGCUGCACCCGUGUAACGUGUUAAUGUGCCCUCACACGUGUGUUACCAACCUUCCCAAGCCUCGCCAGAAGCAGCCAGAGGUUGGGCCAGCCUCCAUGGUUGUUGGGAACCUGGUCGCUGGGAAGAGAAUCGCUCAGGCCUCGGGGAGGGAGCUGUCUCACCUGGAGGACAGUGACCAGGCGAGGAAGCUCCUGUUCCUGCCCGACGUGCUGCGCUGGCGGGCCAGCACCACGCCCGAGCACCUGCUCUUCCUGCUGCUUAGCGCCAAGGGCACAGUCACCAGCACCACCACCUGCAUCCAGCUGCACAAAAAGGCUGAGAGAGUGGCCGCUGCUCUGAUGGAGAAGGCCAGGCUGACCACCGGGGCCCACGUGGCCCUGGUCUACCCCCCAGGGGUGGACCUCAUUGCCGCCUUCUACGGCUGCCUGUACUGUGGCUGCGUGCCCGUCACUGUGCGGCCCCCGCACCCCCAGAACCUCGCCACCACACUUCCCACCGUCAAGAUGAUUGUGGAGGUCAGCAAGUCUGCGUGCGUACUCACGACGCAGGCCAUCACGCGGCUGCUCAAGUCCAAAGAAGCGCUGGCCGCCGUGGACGUCAGGACCUGGCCGACCAUUCUAGAUACAGAUGACAUACCCAAGAAGAAGGUGGCCAGCAUCUUCAGGCCCCCGUCCCCAGACAUGCUCGCGUACUUGGACUUCAGCGUGUCGACCACGGGGAUCCUGGCGGGUGUGAAGAUGUCGCACGCAGCCACCAGCGCCCUGUGCCGCUCCAUCAAGCUGCAGUGUGAGCUGUACCCCUCCAGGCAGAUCGCCAUCUGCCUCGACCCCUACUGUGGCCUCGGCUUUGCCCUGUGGUGUCUGUGCAGUGUCUACUCGGGACACCAGUCGGUGCUGGUGCCCCCGCCGGAGCUGGAGACCAACGUGUCCCUGUGGCUGUGGGCUGUCAGCCAGUACAAGGCCCGUGUCACCUUCUGCUCCUACUCGGUGAUGGAGAUGUGCGCCCGGGGCCUGGGCGCGCAGACAGCGGUGCUCAGGGUGCGUGCCGUCCGGGCCUGGAGAGAGCCCCGGACCUCUCCCAGCAGCCGAAAACCCUCCCGGGGCGCCCCGCCCCCUGCUAUGAAGGGCGUGAACCUGUCGUGCGUGCGCACCUGCAUGGUGGUGGCCGAGGAGCGGCCCAGGAUCGCGCUCACACAGUCCUUCUCCAAGCUGUUCAGGGACCUGGGUCUGCCUGCACGCGCUGUGAGCACCACGUUUGGCUGCAGGGUCAACGUGGCCAUCUGCCUCCAGGGCACGGCCGGCCCGGACCCCACGACCGUCUACGUGGACAUGAGGGCACUGCGCCAUGACAGGGUACGUUUGGUGGAACGGGGUUCUCCGCACAGUCUGCCACUGACAGAGUCUGGAAAGAUCCUCCCUGGAGUGAAGGUCAUCAUUGCCCACAGCGAGACCAGAGGGCCCCUUGGAGACUCGCACCUGGGCGAGGUCUGGGUGAGUAGCCCGCACAGCGCCACUGGGUACUACACGGUCUACGGGGAGGAGGGGCUCCACGCCGACCACUUCAGUGCCCGGCUGAGUUUCGGAGACACCCAGACCGUUUGGGCAAGGACUGGCUUCCUGGGAUUCCUCCGAAGGACAGAGCUCACCGACGCCAGUGGAGAGCGACACGAUGCGCUGUACGUGGUGGGGUCUCUGGACGAGACGCUGGAGCUGAGGGGCAUGCGCUAUCACCCCGUCGACAUCGAGACGUCAGUGGUCCGGGCGCACAGGAGCAUCGCCGAGUGUGCCGUGUUCACCUGGACCAACCUGCUGGUGGUGGUGGUGGAGCUGGAUGGACUGGAACAGGAUGCACUGGACCUGGUGGCCCUGGUGACGAAUGUGGUGCUGGAGGAGCAUCACCUGGUGGUGGGCGUGGUGGUCAUCGUGGACCCAGGUGUCAUCCCCAUCAACUCCCGCGGGGAGAAGCAGCGCAUGCACCUGCGUGACGGCUUCCUGGCCGACCAGCUGGAUCCUAUCUACGUCGCCUACAACAUGUGAGCACAGCUCACACCCCAGCCCUGAGAGGGGCCUCGGGGCGUGUCGGAGGUGCUAGGAUGUGUGAAAACACGGCAGCAUCUGCAGCCCCCAGGGAGCGGACCCCAGGCCCUGGGAGCACGGUGCCCUGCCUCCUACGCUCUUACAGGUCCAUCUCAUUUUAAAAACCACUUCCUGAGUUAUUCAAAGAAAUCUUUUUAUUAUCAAGGACAUUUACAGAAGCAUGAAUGUCAGUAUUUUAACAGAUGGGGUGACUGGGAAAGAGGCCUGGUGUGGGCGCUGCGGGAGCUGCAGGUGUGAGUCUGCACUUUUUUAGGCUGAAAAUACAGUUCUCAAUUUUAAAAAUUCAAAUGUUUUUUCCCACUUCAAAUGACGAGUUCAUAUAUAGAAUUUAUGCUAGGAGGAAUUUGAGGCCCAAGUACAGCUGUUUCGAUUCUGAUUCACAGGAAAGCGUGGAGCCCAGAAAGGCUGGUGGACAGGAGUGAGCCUGGCCUGGCCGCCCUGCCCACCUUUGGGCCCCGGACCAGGCACUGGACGCACAUGCUUCCUCUCUUGAAACAGGUGUGCACGGCUGUCUGCCUGUGUGGUCACUAACACUCGACAGGGGCCAUCUGGGGCCGUCAGGUGAGGUGCUCUGUUUUGGAAAGAUAAACCAAAAUUGAGUUUUAAACCACUUUCUAAGUUUCUGAUUUCUUGCUCUUCAACUGAAGUGCUUGUUUUCAUAACCACAGUAGAAGGUCUUCUCACUGCACGGAAGUGUACUGAAUUAUUAUUUUUAUUCCACGUCAACAGAUGUGGAAGCCCCGGUGGGGUGAGGUUUCCGUCCUCGGUGAUGUCUGCUGAGCACCGGCAGUGCAGCCGAGGGGCCCAGCCCAGGAGAGCCUUGCCCCUUGCUGUUGCGUUUUGAGUUGUGUGCCUGUAAGAUCUGGCCAAAUCAUGUUCAGUUAUUUUAUUCUAACUUGACCAGACUGAGUGGUAUAAUACUAUAGUAAGUCUAAAUCAAAGAAGAAAACGUGAUAUCCUUUAGUUACUUCUAAGAAUUGGAAGUGAAGCUCGAAUCUAAGACAGAGUAUUUUUGUAUCACUAAUGAAGAGUAUGUUACCAGUUGUCGGGGACUGAGGGUGGGAAAGUUUAUGAAUCAUGCAUGCUUCCUAGAACAACCAGGCUUUUCUGGAAUUCGCCUGGAUCAGUGCCUAACAAAGUUGUUACUAAUUCUCUACCACUUUACGUUCUCCACCAAAAAGGCCCGGCUCGCUGGGCCAGCUCUCACGUGUGGCUCGUAUUCGGCUCCAGGUGGCUUGCGCCCGGUAGCUGUCGGCCUGCGGCGUUGGCCCGCAGCGUGGUGGGUAACAACAUACUGGAGUUUGAAUAGUCCUCUUGUAAUUGUGUACAUAAUCUGUGUAAUUUAUUGUUCGACAUACAGAGGUCCUAGGUGUUGACUAAUGGGCAUUCCUUAUAGCAGAAUGGCCAGCAGGGGAAGAACUACCCAGCCUUGUAUGUUGUAGUUUUAUAACAAACAAAUAUUAUAAAAUUUUUGUAUUGAAAGGUCGGUGGCAGUAAGACAAGGUGUCUUGUAAAUUAAGAUUUUAAGAAGCAUUAAAAUGUUUUAAAAUUACUCUCUGGGAAUUCUGUAUAUCACACUAAAAUUUUUAUAUCAUUAUGUUAAUAAAGUUUUUGACUGUUUGUAAUUCUGCAUUUUGAAAUGUGUGAGAAGGUUUUUAAAAUUACCCCAAAUACGAUGUAUUUUAUUAUGCAUUCUUCUUUCCUGGAUAUAAAAGCAUUUAUGCUACAGCAUAAAAUCUACAAAGCACAUUAAAGUAUAAAGAAGAAAAUUUAAAUCUCCCAUAAUCCUACCUCUCGGUGAUGACAGCAUUAGUACUUGAUGUAAAUCCUUUCAAGGAUUUAUUUUUUCCUUUAAAACACCUUUACAAAAUUAGGAUCGAUUAUUAUAAUUUUAUAAUCAGCUUUUGUAGUUAAUAAAUUAGACUUUUAAUCUGUUA